AUGGAAGUCAACGAUCCUGUGCCAAAAACUGGGGUGAACACGUCCAGGGCAAUAGAAGUGUUGACUGAGCUUUGCGACUCGUUUGACGCUGGUCUUAUAUCUGGCGAUUCUUGCAAUCGCCUGUGCUAUAAUAGAAAUUGGAAAAUCAACGAUUAUUAUGAGGGAAAUAAGGUUGUUCUGGUCAUGAAGGAUGGCGGACAGACGGCAGUCUUCAAAAGCAUUCACCCAUCCAUGAAUGACUUCCCUCGAGUAAACAAACAGCUAUCGUAUGACGAGUUUUCGGACAAGGUUCUUGCCCUGGUCAACGACGAGUUACGAUUGGGUUGGCCACGACACUACAAGAAACAUCUAAUGGAAACACUUUGGCCAACUCUGCGGAGAACCCCUGGAGAGUCGAUGAAUGCAGCUGAUCAGGCUUCCCUAUGGGCCCUACUUCAGCAGCCUGAGUUCAUUUUGUUCCGAGUGUUGCCAUUAACGAGGGUUACUCCAAAGAUUAUUGGCACAUGUGGCCAGUUCUACUCCACUGAAGUGCUUGUUGCGUUCCGCAUGAAGGGCUACUAUAUGAAUCUCAAGGGUAAAAUUCUUGUGCACAUAAUGGGCACGUUGAAGUUGUUCUACGAGUUUCUCAACGAGCCGCUUCAAUGGUGUGACGUUCGCUUCGACAAUCUGGGACUUUCUGCUGAUUAUCCGAAGCGAUUUGUGCUGAUGGAUGGAGACAUGGUAUAUACUGAGUCUCGACUCCGGGCUGCACUUCAAGGACGUUCUUGUACGACCGACGCCGAUUGCACGAUUGGAGACUGCAAGGCAAGGUGCACGGCAGACCUGACAUGCUCCGAUCGGACCGAUUCCAACCUCGAGGUAGAUUUUGUCUUCUUUUUUGGAGACCUUGUUCACGUUCUGGAUACCCAUGAACGGUUGAGACUCGUUAAACAGCUUAAUAGUGCGUACAUAAUAAAAUGGUGGGGCAUUAAUGUGCAGUGUUUAUAA